UUUUUUAUUUGACUAAAAAAUUUAUUAUUAUCAAAAUUUUUUAUUCCCUUACAAUAACAAAAGAGGAUUCAAUGGAGAGUCCAGUAUUUUUGUUUAUUUGUUUGUCUGUUCUAAAAUAAAUUUAUGUCUUCUUCACAUUCUUGAAUAAUUGGUUUCUUCACGUUGAGGCGUUUUAUGUUUUGUGUUUUUGCCCAUGUGGGUACUUUUAGAGAUGAUCGAAAGAGUAUGUUUCAUCAUGCUUAAAUUGUUUGUAUCUAGUUCUUUGGGGUUUACCUUCCUGUUGGUUGCUAAAAAAAGAAGUUUAAUUCUUUACAUGUAGCUGACAUUUAAGCUCUUCGAUAUUGGAACAGCGAAUGCAGCCUCUGGGUUUAUAAGUUUCAUUUUUGUUUUUACUCAGGGUUUGAUGUUGAACAAAAUACUUUAGGGGGAGAUUUUGGAGGAGAAGCGUCUGACUUAGAUGAUAGUUCAUAUAAAGCUUAUGAGUCAGGUACUUCUUAUUCUGAUUCAUUUGAGUCUGAUGGUGAUAGGGUAGACGAACCAGAGGUUGAACUAGUAGGUGAAAUGAUACAGAAGGAGUUAGACCACUUACUUGGUUCAAGUUGUUGGGGUUUAGAAGAUGAUUUUGAUAGUAACAGUGAUGAUGAUUUGAAUAAUGAUGUGGAUUAUGAUAAAUAUGGGAAUAAAAAGUACCCUCUAUUCAAUCCUCAAACUGAUAUGAGGAACCCUAUAUUGAUAAAGGGUUUGGUUUUCCCUAGUAGAGACAUUUUAAAAGAUGCAAUUAAACAGUAUGGGAGGAUAAAUAGGGUAGUAACCAAACUAACUAGGAAUGACAAGCUUAGGGUGAAAGCAGUCUGUGUACCUAGUUGUCCAUGGACGUUGUGGGCAUCCAAAUUAAAUCCCAAGGAUCCAACAGAUGGGAGUUGGCAAAUUAAGACAUUAGUCAACCACCAUAAGUGUGGCAAGGCAAUGAAAAAUAAAAAUAUUACUUCAAAGUGGAUGGCUAGACAUUAUUUACACAAAUUUCAAGUUGAUCCCAAUUAUUCCUUAACAUCUUUACAAAAUGAUAUUAGGGUAGAUUUUGGAACAAUAGUGUCUCGGACUAAAUGUAUGAGGGCUAAGAUUAGGGCUCUGGAACUAGUUCAAGGGAAUCACAAAGCCCAAUAUGCCAAUAUAUACGAUUAUUUACUUGAGUUAAGGAGAAGCAACCCUGGUACAACAACCAUCUGUAAAUUAGACUGUAGGCUAUUUCAGAGGCUUUAUAUAUGCCUUGAAGCGUGCAAGUCAGGUUGGUUAACUGGUUGUAGGAGAAUUAUAGGGUUAGAUGGGUGUUGGCUUAAAGGAUAUUAUGGUGGACAUUUACUUGCUGCUGUUGGGGUUGAUGCCAAUAAUUGUAUAUAUCCAGUGGCUUUUGCUGCAGUUGAGAGUGAAAACAAACAAUCAUGGUUUUGGUUCCUCGAGUUGUUACAGAGGGAUUUGGAGAUCGACAACUCUUACAAUAUAUGCUUCAUGUCUGACAAACAAAAGGGUUUAAUAGAAGCGAUAUCUUUGUUGUUCCCUAAUGCUGAAGCAAGAAAUUGUGCCAGACAUCUUUACAACAAUUUUAAAAACAUAGAAGGAUUUAGAGGCCAAGUUAUGCGUCUCACUUACUGGAAAGCUGUUAAAGCAACUUUUCCAAGACAAUUUGAAGAAGCAAUGUCUGAAAUGAGGUCACUGUCAGAAUCUGCUGAGGGUUGGCUGCGUGACAAGGAUCCAAGGACUUGGUCAAGAGCCCACUUCUCAACUAAAUGCAAAUCUGAUCUACUACUGAACAACAACAACGAAUGUUUCAACAAGAUCAUUUUAGAAGCUAGAGAUAAACCUAUCCUAACGAUGUUGGAAAUAAUUAGAAGAAAAGUCAUGACUAGGUUGGUUUCUAUGAGAGAGGCUGCUGAGAAGUAUCCUGGACCUUUAUGUCCAAGGAUACAGAAGAAGUUGUUUGAAAUUGUUAGUCAGUCUAAUAAUAUAUGGCCGGUAUAUGCUAGAAAUGAGAAGUAUGAGGUAGACUGUGGAUUAGGUAACAAGCAUGUGGUUGACCUCCUCAACUCCUCCUGUUCAUGCAGAAAAUGGGACUUGUCAGGAAUCCCAUGUAAACAUGCUGUUUCUUGCAUGCAAUUACUUGCUGUGAGCCCUGAAACUUACGUCAAUACAUGUUAUACUGUCACUACCCAGUUGAAUAUUUAUAGCCACUUGAUUAACCCUGUAAAAGGUCCUAUACAAUGGGAACAUGUGAGGGACAUGGAACCCAUUCUUCCUCCCAUAAUUAGAAAGCCCCCCCGGAAGACCCAAACAAACAAGGAGGAAGGAAGUAGGUGAAGAAAGAAAGAGUGGACCAAAAUUAAGCAAGAUAGGACAGCAAGCCAACUGCACCAAAUGUGGCAAACCAGGCCAUAAUACAAGGACUUGCAAAGGGAUGGGUAACCAAAUGGCAAGCCAAUCAUCGAGCCUACAAAUUUCGAACCAAGCCACUUCAAUGGAUAACACAUCAAGCCAACCACCCUUAACCCAACAAAGCUCAAACCUUACAGCAAUUUUUAGGGCCAAAUUACCUUUCAAAAGGAAAUAUGUUUUGUGAAUAAAGAAUAUAUCUUUUUGAAAGGGUUGUUGAAUCAUGUUAACAAUAGUUAGAUUAUACAUUUUGUCUUAAUUGAGGGUUAGAAACAAUUUUUUUUUUAAACUAUUGGACAAUUACUUGAGAAAUGUUAGAUUAUACAUAUUCUCUCAAA